UUUCGACAACUUUCGACUUUGUUUUCCUACCCCUUUACUCGAACAGGGUUUCAGAGGGUUCCUCCUGCCAUGGAAACAGCCAGAAAGCUGUACAAGUACUUUCUCGGUGGCGACACAAGAAGAAUUCACAAAAGGCAGGUUCUUCGAAACUUCUUUGAUGCGAUUAUGGUGAUUGAUUCUUCGAGUUCCGUUAGCAGUGGAGAAUUUGCCAAAGGAUUAGCAGCUUUGCAACAACUCGUUGAAAAAUCCCGCAACGACACAAACUACGCAGCAAUCACCUACGCGAGCCACGCCCAAGUUCAGUUCAACUUCUCUUUAAGCGACGAAGCGAUAGAAAAAUUUAGCAGCAUCAAGCGCUCUGGCGGAAAGACAAAUACCCAGGAGGCCCUCAAACUUUGUCAAAAGAUGUUCGCUGGAGAUGAAUAUGGCGCUCGCAAGGGAAGUUUUAGGAGAAUUCUUGUUGUGACAGAUGGUCAGUCCAAUAUUAAGCGUGCAGAAACUGUCCCUAGUGCUGUUCAACUAAAGCUGCAGGGAGUUGAUGUGUUUGUGAUUGCUGUGGGCGAGUAUUUGGACGGGAUACAAGAAAUGGUUCAAAUGGCGAGCUCAACCGGCGCUCACAUGUACCGAGUGAUGAACAUGAGAGGACUGGCAGAGAUAGUCAAGCUUAUUCCUGAAAGAGGACAAAGGCCUUGGAUUGAUGACAUUUUCGGUAGGACAGAAGAUAAUUGGAAUCCUCUGGGAAGACUUUAA